AUGCUUCGUAGGACGUACACGUUCUUGAGAGACCUGGCAAGUGCCCGGCGUCGGGCCGGCCAGCGGAUCAACAGUCUGGAAGAUCGAGCCAAAAAAGCAGCCAAAGAGCAUCGCAAUGCGAUCAAAAGACAUAAGAAGGCGCACCGAGAUGACUUUCUCGUCGAUGGGUCCAAUAUCUGGCAAACUGCUAAGUCCCUCAAACCUGAUAAGAGGCGACAAAGUCGAACAGACGGAGGGAGUGCUUCAUGUCUUCUUCCCACUGCUACCGAUAUGCAUAGAAGACGAAGGUCCGCGACCGCGGCGCAGAGAAGUGGCCACGCCGAACCUUACGAUGAAGGAGUUGGACCAAGAGGUGAUGUAGGCCAAGGCUUGGAAGGCGCCUGA